AUGAAUGCCACGUGCCCCAUCAACUAUGAAGCAGCAGCGCGUGAUAUUCACCUGUCGCAUAAAUGGCACACCGUCGCCGAACCUCGUUCCCACUUGAUCCCCGGUGUUGAGCGAACCGAAAUGGCGGGCCGGACCCCUCUUCUAUACUGCCGACAAGCCUUCAAUAACGCAUACCGCAUGCCGCUGGACGGCCGGGGACAUCUAUGCUUGGACAGCCUCGCGGAGGCAUACGCCGGACGCGAGCUACAGGAGACGGAAUGGUUCCCGUCUCUCGCGCUGGUCAUCGCGCCGCAGCUGGCGACCGACGCACGCCAGGCAGCCGAGCAGUUCACCGCGGCGUGGGAGAAGCUGCGCGACCUGGGCCCGGCCGCGACGCGCGCGACGAUGCGGCAUCUGUUCCUGUACGAGCCGCGCUCGCCGCAGGCUAUCUUCGACACGUGCACGCGCGCGGCGAGCGUCCUCGUGUACCCCGCGCGGUGGGACUUCCUUGUGUACUUCGAGGCGAUGCCGCAGCUGCGGCGCCUCGCGACGCACGUCGGGCAGCUGACCGAGGCGUUUGCGUUCGAGACCCUCACGAGCGGGCCGGUGUUCUGGGCGCUCACGCACCUCAUGGUCAUGGACGACGUGUCGGCAGCCGCGUGGGAGGCGGGUGCUGAUGGCGGGUGGAGCGAGAUACGCCACUUGGGCAAUCUGACGCAUCUGUCGUUCUUUGGGCCGCUGUCACCCGCUCUGGUGGGUGGCAUCACUAGGGAGUGCAAUCAGCUGCGUGUCGUUGCGAAUCAGUGGCGCGAGUUCGGGGCGCUCAACCCUGCAGAGUACGUUCGCUCCCUCGAGAUCUGCGAUGCUCGUUUCGUGGUGUUGGAGGUGUAUGACUUGAAGGAGGAAUGGGAGCGCGGUGUGCGGGGAGAUUGGGACUACUGGCUGAGAGCGGAGAUGUUUAUUGCGCUCAAGAAACUCCGGCGCGUCUCCGAAUCUAUCUACUGGCUGCGGGGCGGUGAUCAGUGGAAGAAGUUCUUUGUCGGAGUCGGAAGAAACGUCAUCUCUGGGCUCCGACUUUCGAAUACUUGAUGCAUCCCAACUAUUUACCUUAUAAUUGUAGAAUGAACUGAUUCAUUUCAGAUUUCAGGCUGUCAUGAAAAUUUUGACAGUCACUCCGUCGUGGACAUUCGAGUCUCUGCUCAACUGUGAUCCCGUUCAACUUCCCUGAAACUGUCGCACGUGAUACUGG